AUGUCAAGUAAAAAAACACAUGAACCUGAUAAUCCUAGGGACUGGGGGUUGGUAAAGGAAGAAGAAGCUAGAAAAUGUUACAUGUAUGUUGCAGGAAGACAACAUCACAAGAUCCACCUUGAACGCAAGGGUUUUCAAAUAUCCAAAAAGAAGCCUUUUUUGCGAGCUAGUGUUGAUAACAUCAGAAGCUGCAAAUGCUCACCUGACUGUGGAAUUACUGUUGUAGAGUACAAAUGCCCCUGGGUACACAGGGACAGUGAUCCAAAAGAAGUAUUUUUAUCAAAAGAAAUUGGUGGAAUUUUUACUGGAGAUUCAUACUAUCUACAGAAUAAGUCAAAAUACUAUUAUCAAGUACAGAUGCAACUUUUUGUUGUUUGUGCCAAGUUUUGUGACUUUGUUGUCUGGACGACGAAAGGCAUUCAUAUCAUAUCCAUUCCAUUUGAAUCAUCAUUCAUGAGUUCAGUUUGCAUUAAUCUUGAGAAGUUCUGGGUGACUCAAGUUGUUCCAUUAUUAUUGGCAAAUCAACUGGAUGUGCCAUGUACAGGUAAUGUGCAUUCUAUUAUGAUUUAAUAGAUUUACCAUACAAAUAAGCAGUAAAUAGCAAACAUUGGCAUAAUUCACAUUUAAAUUAUAAAAUUAAUGUUUUUUUUCUUAAAAGAUAAUAUGAAGAAUAUUUCAUGUGAUGAAACUGCAAGCAAUGACAUGGCAACAAGCAACGACAUGGGAGCAAGUAGUAAACAGACAGAUGUGGAUGAAAUGGAUAUAUCACCAACCAUCAAAACACAUUCAGAAGGUAGCUACAGUGCAUGCACAAUAUUAUAAGUACAGUAUGGGAAAGGGGCCCAUAUACUGUAUAGUACUCCACAAAUUUAUUUACAAAUUUUUAUCUCUUCUAGAAAAACCAAUUCACAUAGAUAUUGACUCACAUACAUCCAAAACAAGAGUCGGCAACUAGCUUUUUGGUCCGUGGAGUAGACUUACACAUGGACGAUAUAAGUACACUUGAGCAGAGGGUGAUGAUGAAUGACAGCAUAGUAAAAGUGUUGUUAGAGUAAGUUUUAAAUAUAUUAACCAUUUAAGUGGCAAUCACAGCCCUACUUUACUCGAUUAUUCUGUCUAACGCCAGACAAUUGUAGUCAUCCAGGGGUCCCCAUCAGUGCUGUCAAUCAAUGGAUUAAUCUAUGAAACAUUUUAACUCAUUUUAGGGAGCUAAAUUGCCAAUUUCCAGUCAUUGAGCCCCUCUUUUAUUCUAUAUUGUGUGGUGGACAAGAUGGAUUCAAUACAACUUCAAAUAGGUAUAUUUAAAGUAGAGAAGUUACUCAUAUAUUCUACUGUAAAUGUGUGAAUAAACUAUUCUGUUGCUUAUAAUUAUUUAUGUGGCAAUGGCUGUUUUCUUUGCAGAAUUGAAAGAUAUAAUGCAGCAGAAAAAGUAUUUAAAGCAGACCACUUCUUGAAAGAUUAUGUUAUUAUACCAAUUAUAAGGAAGUAAAUGAGUAUUCAUUAAUUUAUGCAGUACAUUUCCUGUAAUGUAUUGUUUGAAAUCGUAACAUAUUUUUAUGUGUAUUUAUGUAUUUGUAGUUAUCACUGGUCCUUAGCAGUUAUUUCUCCAUGGUAUGAUAAUUCAGUUAAUAGCAUAGUCAAUAGUCUAUCAUCUGAUCUGAUCCCUGAGUUGUUGCAUCAUUAAUCAUUGCCAAUUUCAACUGCAUUAUUAGUCUUUAGUUUAGACUUUAUAAUUUAGUCUUUUCUCUGUGGUUUAGACUUGUCAAAUAUCAUGCAUAUGUAUCAUUUGCAUAUGUUAAAUAUUGGUUUAGAUAAUAUUAGGUACAAAAUAAUUUGCAGGUACUUUUUGUGGUUCGAUUCACUCACCUGGGAUGUCUCUCUGAAAGAAGUGGAAAUCAGCAAAAUUUCUCGGCAAGUUUGUUUUCAAUUGUUACAAUAUUAAUAAAAAUUGAAAGUACUGUUGGCUCACUUUUCAUACAUUCAUUUCCCUAUAGGCAUGUAAAUCUUUGAAAGUAUAUAUUGUGUAAAAAAUUUGACAAUUAAUUAUUAUAAUAUAGUUUCACUAGCAGUUAAAAAUUCUAAUGUUUCUGCUCAAAUAAAUUUAGCCAAACCCAUCAUCUAAUAAUUAAAUGUUCUUAUCAAAGUGCAUCAUAAAAUUAGACAAAAUAAUAUUAAUAGCAUUUUACAAUUUGUAGAUACAUUAACCAUCUAUGCAAAGAGAAGAACAUUGAGAACAAAUAUACCAAUUUGAAACGUGUAGCACUAAAGGUAAUUAUAAAUUUAACUCAUGAUCAAUCACACUGUUUUUGAAUAUACUAGCUUUAAAGCCAUAGUAAGUAUACACAUCAAGGCUGGUUGUUCAAACUUCAAAGCUGGGUUAGCUUAACCCUAGAUUAACCUAAAAUUCAAAGCAAAUUUCCUGACAGCUUAUCCAUAAAUUUGGAAAUAUUUCUUGAGAGAUCUUGUCUGGAUCAAUAGGAGUUUACUUCACUGAAGUUUUGAAAUAAACAGACGUGCAGAAAUGCAUAAACUAAAACAGCAGGUUAAAGUUUAACCCAUGGUUAGUGUUAACCCACCUUUGAACUGGCCCCUGUACAUUACUUUGUUUUCUGUAGGUACCACAACAGCUUCUGGACAGUAACAGUUGUGGUUUUUAUAUUGUCUUAUUUUUGGAGCAUUUCUUGAAGAUAUUAAAAACAAAUAAUAAUUAUUUACUAUAUACAGGCAUUAGUAUCCAUUUGCCAAUGUUCUCAUGGUCCCACCAUGGGGCUAAAGUUGUACAAAAUAAUUUAAACAAAUGCUAACUACUCAUCAGUUAUAAUUAUAGUAAAAACCAUAAUCUAUUUUAAUACAGGAAUUGGAAAUAUAUGAAAACAGUCCAGAUGAAUAUGUACAAAAACUGCAUAAAUGGUUUACUGCUGAACAAGCCGAAGAAGGAAGAGCAAAAGCAAAAAAAUAUUGGGCUACUAUGUAUCAUUUGAAAGUAACUUUUCGCUCUAAGCGCUAG